CUCUUUGAAGUUUAUGGAACUUGACGCGAGUCGCUAUACUUACACAAGUCUGGUAUGUGUGUCCAAGAGCGAUCCAUCGAGCGGACAAAGCUGAGCAUCUGAAAGCAGAUACACCGAGCCGCACAAAAGUCGACUUUUCUUCAUCGCACUCAACACAGAAAAUGUGAAAGAAUUGCAAUUUUCCAGUCUGUCAGGUUAGGGUUAAUCACGAAUUUUCAGAAUAAGCCCCCGCUCGCCAUUCAUCCUGCGGUUCAUAUCGAAGAAUCUUUACGGCUGCGCAUUGCAAAACGAAAAUCACAAGUCGCAGAAAAAAAUCCGUGUAGAAAUUCUUUUCCAUCAAUAACGCGAGCUGGUAAAGAGCACCAGUGCCCCCCGUCGUACCUAAAUAUCCACCAAGAUGGGCGAAGACAGCAAGAUGUUUGGGUACCAAAUUCUGUUCAUGAAGGAAUGGGUCGCGGAUACAGACGAGAAAAAAAUGGAAUACCGCGACAAAAUGAUGGCCUGGAUUAAGGAGUGCUGCAUGGAGGUAAUAUGUACUUCACUUUAUUAGACAUUGCGAUCUUCGAGAAUCUGUCAUGCAUAAAUUCCCUUAUAGAACCUUUUUCUCAUGCGAUACGCCCUUCUCAUCAUAAACAUAAAUUCAAUCAAGGUCGUCUACGUCGGUCCGGCCCACGCCUUCUACGAAACCGCGAAAAAAUGCCCGCCGAACAUGUUUGUCGGCAAGUACGAAUCCCUCCAGGCAGCGAAGGACGCGAUGGAAAAAAUUCCGGACCGCACGGAGUACGUGAAGCGGUCGAUGCGCGUCAUCGAGGGCCCGGGCGAUUUGUUCCAGAAGGGCCACGCCUACUGGAUCGCGCAAAUCGAGACCAUCCACGGGGACGGAUCGAAGUGGGCGAAGUACUUCCAAGCGUUCGGCGAGGCGAACACCAGCGGCUUCAACUGCAAAUACCCCGACGGGAACACCAAGCCGGUGCAGCUGAAUUUGAAAAAUGUCAGUGGUUCCACUUUUUACGACGACAGCAAGGUGGGCACCGGGAACGCUUUUAUCCCGGGCACGGAGAUUACGGACGACAAGGGGUUAGUGAUUAUCGCCGAGUUUCCGGACUGUGAAUCCGGCCUGUUAAUCCACGACGCGCCGGAGUACAAGGGGUCUUUGUUGGCUUCGUUGGACAUGGAGUACACGAAUGAGGAGGAGUGGGAGAAGGCGGAGGUGCGGAUUUUGGCCGAGGUAUCCUGUACAAAAGUAUCGCACUCGUACUAAUUGCGGUUAUGCAUUACAAAUCUAGAUGCUAAGGGAGAUCCGCAUUACAAAUUUAAUUCGUAAUGCUGCGCCAAUUUGUAUUGCAAUGCAUACUAGUUGUGCGAUACUUUUGCAAUGCAUACGAGGUGGUGGAGAGGGAUAUCCGGAUCUUCAAGUACGAAUGAAGAAGCGGGGGAUUUGAAUGAAGAGAACCGCAGUGAAUUUUUGAGGCUGGAUUCGACGCGGUCCUGAGGGAAAUAAAAGAUGGCUUAGUCCCAGCCAUCUCAUUUAAGCGCCCCAUUUCAGACAUACGACGCAUGCUGAUUUCUGGCGUCAAAGUUGGUUAUAUAUUUGUACGAUUUACGAAGAAUGCAACUACUCGCCCUGUGAAGUUUCACGAUGCGACGUCAUUUGCUCUCUCUGAAUGAAUGUAAGUAUACCAGAAGAAGAAGUCGGCAGUGCCCGAAAUAAUUCGAAGAAAAAAAAACGCGACUUCAUCAUUGGGUGCGCGUUUCCAAAAUCUUCAAGACUAAGACUUUUUAAAUGACGAAUGAAAACAGCGCAUUUACUGGUCUUUAGCAAGAAACCUCAGACAAAAUCGACUGACAACAAGCGGAGGUCAAAAUGUUUCUGCAGCACGACCCAGUUUCUGCAGCACGAGUUUUUGCAAAUGCGAUCUAGCGAUCAUGGAUAUCCAAUGUUACUGAGCCUGGAUAACACUUCAAAGCCAAACUCAUAAGUACGCCACAGAAAAAAUGCCUUCGGCGCUCGCCUCUAAAAUUCGAGGCCGUUAUAGGCUAUGCCUAUGGCGAGUUCCUGUUGCUUUUUGUUCUUAUCUCGCAUGGAAGGACGUCAGCACUUGAUGGACGUGUUUUCCA